AUGUUCAUCUUAUCUCUAGUCAAGGACACGAUCCCUGUUAUCCCUUCAAAUCUCAAUUUAGAACCUUCAAUCGCUAUUAGAGAUAGCAUUAACUCUAAAUAUUCUAAUAAAAUAUUACAAGAUGUCGGUUUAUCCAUUUCUUUACAUUCUAUCAUUCAAUCUAGUCAAGGCUACCUACAGCACUCUAAUGGCAACGUAUACUACAAAGUUACUUUCAACUUACUCGUUUUUAGGCCUUUUAUCGGUGAAAUCUUGCUUGCUAAAGUUAAAUCUACAAAUCAACAUGGUAUCAUCGCAUCUAUAGACUUCUUCGAUGACAUCUGGAUACCUAAGAAUCAGUUACCUGAAAUUUCAGAAUUCGAUAGCGCUGAGAAUACCUUCUUUUGGCUCGCUGGUUGGGAAGAUGGUGAUCCAUUCACUUCUUCACCUGAACAAAGAGCUUACAUUGAUAUCGGUGAACAAAUCAGAAUCAGGGUUGAAGCUGAGCACUUUGAAAACGUCUAUCCAACACCCAAAAAGAAGCAACUUGAUGAUCAAGAGGAAGCCGUACCAACAGCAUAUAGAUUAACUGCUUCAAUCGAUGGCCAAGGUCUUGGUAUUGUCAGUUGGUGGGAACAAGAUGAUGAAGAUGAACAGGAUGAUAGCGCAAUGGAUCAAUAG